AUGUCCUCUCAACCUUUCACAACAAGUACUCACGUUGUUCUCCUUUUCCUCCUUUUGAUUCUCUCCUCCAUUUACGGUGCAACUGUCAACAAGAAUUGUGCUCUCAUCGUUCCAGAGAAUCCUCUCACCCUGAAAGGUCUCAUUACUCCCUAUCUGUUACGAGCACUAAACCCAGCUGAUGGAGACUGUCUCAUGUCCAAUCCAGAUCAACAAGCCUUUGUCGAGGGAGUGAUCUUUGUUCCCUCCACAGGUCAACUUUUUGUGUACAACCCACUGGUCAUUUCAGAAAGUUCUACAGCACCUGCCAUUCCACCCACGCCUCUAAAAUCCCUCCCAAGUGAUGCCGUGGUGGGUUUGUGGUUUGGUACCAAUGCCGAUACACUUACUCUUCUCGCAAAGAAUAAUGUGUCAUUGAGUCAGGGAAAUUGUGUGAAUGGAUUAGGAAAUGGUGAUGUGUUUGGACAGUUUGCUGCAUGCAACGCGAAAGAGUUUUUCCAUGCUCUGAAAACUUCGAAAGCCUAUCAACAAGGAAAACUUGUUCCUCCAUUGCCACCAUUGGGAACUGCCAAAGAUGGAAAACCUUGCAUGACUGUGAGAGAUUUUGGAUUGGUCGAUAUGGAUCAAUCAGAUAAUGUGGUCACUUCUUAUUUAUUGACCAAAGAUGGAAAAACGGCUCAGAAUACUGAGGCGAAUGUGAAAGCUUUAGGAACAAGAACUUCUGUUACUACCAUUGUGAAUGGUUCUGACAAUCGAUUGUUAUCCAUUUCUUUAGAUCAAGCUCUUGGUUGCACUCCAUAUAAAGUUCCUGAUUUGGCCAAUAAUGGGACAUUGGCUGCUGCUUUGGCUUUGAAUGAAAUUCAAGCUACUCUCCAACAGAAACCUCCAGUCGCACUAAUUCCGCGGGGAAAUCCAAUGGUCCGAACGAGCGGAGAUAAGGCUUCCCUUAAAAAGUUGAAUUUAUAUCGGGAAGCAGUCUUUCAACCUCAUGCACCAUCCAUGAGUUUCGCAUCGACUCGUUUGUAUUGUUUCCAUUUUGGACUUGUUGGAACCUUUCGAAUUUUGUUGGACAAACCAUUCACUGUGAAUGCAACAUCUCCAAAUCCAGACGUUGCGAAUAACUUGUUCACCUUCUUAGCUCAGAGAUUUGCAAAUAGUUGGAAGGGAUUGAAGUGUGACAUGCUGUUAGAUAUUGAUUCUCCAAUUGCUUUGGUGACCAAUGCGAAUGGUGUGACGACAGAUGCCAAAUUGGAUAUUAAUGCAUUAUCUGAUUCAUCCUUAAUAGAAAUUGAUCAAUAUAUGAAUGAUACAGAUACGAGAGCAGUGUCUACAUCAUCAGGUAAUACAUUCGGAAAGAAUGUGACUUUUGUGUGGCCACUGUUGUGUUUGGUUAUUACCAUUUUAGGAAUUGUGAAUUUCCUAUAA